UGGACGACGCUUGUUAAACGUCAAAGUAAGUUGGAAUGGAACAAAUAUAAAAGUGCUUGCAUUGCACGGCUCUAAAAAUAUUGCAAUAUUUAAAUUUCAUAGGUUGUUAAAGUGAGUUCUUUAAUUAGUAUUAUAACAUUCAAGUUGCAAUUAGAGUAUAAGGAAAAUCAAGUGUACACACAAAAGUUCCCUAUUUUACUCAUCAAAAUACAAAAGACUUCAUUUGGCGGUAAAUUGAAAAAUGGGCGAUAGAGGAGAUAAUGCCGAAGCAUUUGAUGAUGCUGUAGAAGAACGUGUAAUAAACGAAGAAUACAAAAUAUGGAAGAAAAAUACACCAUUUUUAUAUGAUUUGGUAAUGACACAUGCUUUAGAAUGGCCAUCACUUACUGCACAAUGGUUACCUGACGUUACAAAACAGGAAGGCAAAGAUUAUUCUGUGCAUCGUCUUAUAUUAGGGACGCAUACUUCUGAUGAGCAAAACCACUUAUUAAUUGCUAGUGUGCAACUACCAAAUGAAGAUGCACAAUUUGAUGCUUCUCACUAUGACAACGAAAAAGGUGAGUUUGGUGGAUUUGGAUCUGUUUCCGGAAAAAUUGAAAUUGAAAUUAAAAUCAAUCAUGAGGGAGAAGUAAAUCGUGCACGUUAUAUGCCUCAGAACGCUUGUGUUAUUGCAACUAAAACGCCUUCUAGCGAUGUACUAGUAUUUGACUAUACAAAACACCCCAGCAAACCAGAACCAAGCGGAGAAUGUCAUCCAGAUCUUCGCUUAAGGGGUCAUCAAAAAGAAGGGUAUGGCCUAUCAUGGAAUCCAAAUUUAAAUGGAUAUUUAUUAUCAGCUAGUGAUGAUCAUACAAUUUGCUUGUGGGAUAUUAACGCAACACCAAAAGAACAUCGGGUAAUUGACGCUAAAAAUAUUUUUACUGGUCAUACAGCUGUCGUGGAAGAUGUAGCUUGGCAUCUACUUCAUGAAUCUUUAUUUGGUUCUGUUGCUGACGAUCAAAAACUUAUGAUUUGGGACACACGUUGUAAUAACACAUCCAAACCUUCACAUACAGUAGACGCUCACACAGCUGAAGUCAAUUGUUUAAGUUUUAACCCUUAUUCUGAAUUUAUUUUGGCCACUGGUUCAGCAGAUAAAACUGUCGCCUUAUGGGAUUUAAGAAAUCUUAAACUAAAACUACAUUCCUUCGAAUCACAUAAAGAUGAAAUAUUUCAAGUUCAAUGGUCACCUCAUAACGAAACAAUUUUAGCAUCUUCUGGAACUGAUCGACGUUUGCAUGUAUGGGACUUAUCAAAAAUAGGUGAAGAACAAAGUGCAGAAGAUGCCGAAGAUGGACCGCCAGAGCUUUUAUUUAUUCAUGGAGGACACACAGCAAAAAUAUCAGACUUCUCUUGGAAUCCAAAUGAACCAUGGGUAAUUUGUUCAGUUUCGGAAGAUAAUAUAAUGCAAGUAUGGCAAAUGGCAGAAAAUAUAUAUAAUGAUGAAGAACCAGAAAUCCCAUCAUCUGAGUUAGAAGGUAGUGGUGCCGCGUAAUUUAUUUACAAAUUUCAAUUAUUUUAUUUGACUUUUCUUGAGAUAUAAUAAAAACAUAUUUUUAACAUGAAAGA